UAGAGGAGGCAGGCUCAGCCAAUACUGCUGGAGCGGGAUAUUCGAAUAAGUUUCCUUCGGGACUGCGCUGAGCUUCGCCUUCUUACCCGGCGGUGGUGGCUAGUCUGAGAAGAAGUGGGGACCCGAGCUGUAGGUAGCCCUGCGGUCGGGCCCGGAUCUGGGAAUUCCUUCCACCCCCUUUUCCUUUGCAAGAUGUCAGAGAAGGAGAAUGCCCAUCUAGGAUCUUACAGCACAUCCUUGCAUCAUUCCAGCCUGAAUGCCCUACCCCUGAGGAUACUUCGGAAAGAGCUAGCCACUCCCUCUUCAACCCUCCUCAUGAAUCGUUCCAGAGCUGUUCUAGAGCCUUCAAGCACCCAGCCAGCAGCUGUACCUGGCAGGAUAGGAGUGGAUAGCAGCAAUGUGAAAUUGAACCUCCCAGUGCGUCAAUUCAAAAUUGAUGACUUUGAAAUUGGGCGGCCGCUGGGUAAGGGCAAGUUUGGGAAUGUGUACCUGGCUCGGGAAAAGAACAGCCAGUUCAUUGUGGCACUGAAGGUUCUCUUCAAGUCUCAGAUGGAGAAGGAGGGUGUAGAACACCAGCUUCGAAGAGAGAUUGAGAUCCAGUCUCAUCUUCGGCACCCCAACAUCCUUCGCCUCUACAAUUACUUUCAUGACCGUAGUCGGGUUUACCUGAUUCUGGAAUAUGCACCUCGGGGUGAACUCUACAAGGAACUGCAGAAGAGCCAUACAUUUGACCAGCAACGCACAGCCACGAUCAUGGAGGAGCUAGCAGAUGCCUUGAUCUACUGCCACGGGAAGAAAGUGAUUCACAGAGACAUUAAGCCUGAGAAUCUACUUAUGGGACUUCGAGGAGAGCUCAAGAUUGCUGACUUUGGCUGGUCUGUCCAUGCUCCCUCCCUUAGGAGGAAAACAAUGUGUGGGACCCUAGACUAUCUUCCCCCUGAAAUGAUUGAAGGACGUACACAUGAUGAAAAGGUGGAUCUUUGGUGCAUUGGAGUGCUGUGCUAUGAGCUAUUAGUGGGAAAUCCUCCCUUUGAAAGCUCCUCUCACAGUGAGACCUAUAGACGGAUCACCAAGGUGGACCUGAAAUUCCCUUCAUCUAUGCCUUCUGGAGCCCAGGACUUGAUCUCUAAGCUGCUCAGGCAUAACCCCUCAGAGCGACUUCCCCUCACUCAGGUCUUGGCGCACCCCUGGGUGCAGGCCCAUUCCCGGAGAGUGCUUCCUCCUUGUUCCUCCCGUCCUGCCCACUGAAUCCUAUCUUAGGUAUAGAUUUAUGUAUGUUUUGUAUGUUGAAGGGAAAUGAAGUCAGAGGAAGGUAGAUCCCUGGCUUCUUUCUCUGUCAUUAUUUCCUCUAAACUGAAAGACUAUUUAAU